GAGAGAAGUAGAGCGCGAGAGAGAGAGAGAGAGAGAGCGCGAGAGAGAGACGUUCACCUUGUCGAGGCGCGAUAGGGAUCAGACGCCUUCCAAUGGAGUGUGUGUGAUCCAUAUACCUGUUGCACCGCGGAAGGUAGCUGUCUGUAGUGCAGACUCCAACCAUGGCUCGAAGUCUGAGGUGGCUGUUCUUCGGAGUCCUGUCCUUCUCCUGUUCGACUCUUCCCUGCAUCGGAUUUAACCUAGAUGAAAGGUUUCCCGUCAUUAAGGAGGGCAAAACCAGUGGAAGCUUUUUCGGAUUUUCUGUCGCCCUCCAUAAACAGACGGUCGGAUCCCAGAAAUACCUGCUCCUCGUGGGAGCCCCCAAGGAGAAGGCUGAAAACCUGAAGAACGUCAAUGAAACGGGCGCUGUCUACUUCUGUCCCAUUACCACGGUGACGACCGACUGUUCCCGGGUGGAUUUCAACUCGAGUACACAGACACCAUUAGAAAAGGAUGAUCAGUCAGAGAUGGUGGAGGGCAUGUGGCUGGGGGUGACCGUGGCCAGCCAGAAAGACCUCCCCGAUGGCCGCAUGCUGGCAUGCGGCCAUCGAUACGUCAAGUUGUACCCGGGAGGGAGCGAGAAGCAGCGGCGCAUGGUGGGCAAGUGCUACGUGAGGGGCAACAACCUGACCUACGACCCCAACGACCUGUGGCAGAAUAACCAAUACGAGUUCUGCAACCCCGCCUUCGACAAGGAUCUGGAGGGCAUGUGCAACUUGGGCAUCUCCGGGGGCAUCACGGGCACCGACGUCUACAUUGGCUCGCCCGGGAGCUUCAACUGGCAAGGAAACGUUCACAUCACGUGGAGAAAUCCAGACCCCAAUAGCGCCUGGGACUCCGACGACAAGCAAUUUGGUCAGAAAAAGACCUACAACAACUACAUGGGUUACUCGGUCCUCCAAGACAAGAAGCUUCUGAGUCGUGACGACUACACCUUGGUGACGGGGUCUCCGAGGGACGAGUCCAAGGGCUCGGUGACACUGGCCUCGACCAACAACAAAAUCCUGCCGCAGCUUCUGGUCAUCCCCGGGCAGCAAGUGGGCUCGUACUUCGGGAACAGCUUGGCCAUCACAGACCUCAACAACGACGAUUGGAACGACCUGAUCGUGGGCGCCCCGUUCUACUUCGACCGCUCCAAAGACCACGGCGGGGCGGUCUACGUCUACAUGAACGAGAACGGGUCGUUCCGGAAGGAGCCCAGCAUGGUGCUGAAGGGGCCCGUCAGCUCCGCCUUUGGCUUCGCACUCGCCGCCAUCGGAGACGUCGACCAAGAUGGAUUCCAAGACUUUGCUGUAGGAGCCCCAUUCCACGAGACGGGGAAGGUCUACAUAUGGAUGGGAAGUAAUGAGGGGAUUACAGAAAAGUACAGCCAGGUUAUUGAGGGAAAAUCGGUAGGCGAUGGGAACUUCAAGACCUUUGGCUACUCGCUGAACGGAGGAAUGGACAUGGAUGACAACAGCUACCCAGACCUCCUGGUCGGAUCCAUGGACGACCGCAUUGCACUGCUCAGAACCAGACCAGUCAUCCACCUAUCUAAGGAAUUCACUGUGCAGCCGAAGAUUGUCGAUCCCACUAAGUGUAAUAACAUUGGCAAGGCCUGUAUUAGAGCGAAGGUGUGUUUCUCCUACACUCUAAGCAACGGGAACAAAGGCUUACAGAAAGAAGUUGUGGUGAGGUACACCAUAGAGGCCGACAUGGACAGGUGGAAGACCGCACGAGUUUACUUCCGCAGCACCAAAAAUGCAACCUACACAGCCUCCAUCUCCCUGAGCUCCCCUGACCAGAAGUGUCAGAAACUGGAGCUUAAUGUGAUCACGACGGUGAGGGACAAGCUGGACCCCGUGGUGUUCGAGCUCACCAUGGCGCUGCAGGAGCUGAAGCCCGACGCGCAGGGGCUGCAGGACCUGGACUCCUUCCCCAUCCUCAGCCAGGAGCAGAAGACCACCCAGAGAGCAGAGUUCCACUUCCAUAAGGAGUGUGGCUCGGACAAUAACUGUAACAGCAACCUGCAGCUAACAGCAGAGUACGCUCCUGAGGGCACGGAUGAACCUUACCCCAGAAAGGACCUGGACCAGGUGCUGCAGUACGACAGUAACGUGAAGAAGGUGGUGAUCCUGGUGGAGGUGACCAACCUGCCGGGAGAAGGCAAGCUGGCGGAGGACGCCCACGAGGCCAUGCUCAACAUCAGCAUCCCCAAGUCGCUCAGCUACUUCGGCGUCAGGUUCACGGAGGGCCCAAAGGGGGAAUGUAACUCAGACGGUCAGGACUCUGUAAUCUGCGAGCUGGGGAACCCACUCAGGAGCAAUGAGCGCGUGAAACUGCGGCUAAUUUUCCAGACCAGAGACAUCGACUUGUACACGCGCGAGAUCAAGUCGCUACUGCAGUUGUCAACGCUGAGCCAGCAGAGCGAUAUGCAUCCCGUGGCGGUGGUGCUUCUGGUGGAAAUCUCCAUCCUCACCUCCUUUAACAUAGAGAAGCCGCACGUCCAGGUCUACUCCAGCGGCGAGGUGGUGGGCGAGUCGGCCAUGAAGAAGAGCAGUGACGUGGGCAGCCUGGUGGAGUACACCUUCAACGUGGAGGUGCUGGGACCGAGCGUGGGCACCAUGGGGACGUUGGCCAUUGAGUUUGAAUGGCCGAUUGAGGUGGAGAACGGCAAGUGGCUGCUGUACCUCACCGAGAUCGUGAGCAACAUGAACGGGGCGUCAGAGAUACACUGCUUCCCUCCCGGAGAUGUCGUCAACCCCCUUAAGCUCAAUCUGACGGAGGAGAGCAGCAGCCGCAAAAGGAGCAGGAGGCAGACGCUGGUGCUGGGCGACCCCAGGACCCCCCCCGCGGAGCCUCCGGCGGUCGCCACCCUGUUCUCGCCGCGCAAAGACACCGUGAUCCUGGACUGUGCCACGGGGACGGCGCGGUGCGUCACCUUCACCUGUCCCCUCGUUGACAUGCAGACCGAGGCCAAGGUCACCGUCCGCUCCCGUGUCUGGAACAGCACCCUGCUAGAGGACUACUCCAAGGUGCUCAGGGUCAAGGUGAAGGGAAAGGCCACCCUCAAACUGAUCACAGACAAGACCACCAUCAAGAUGAAGAGCACCACCGUCGAUUUCUCAGUGGACAUAGACCCCGUGUUCGAUGAGGAGGCCCCGUAUGAAAUCCCCCUCUGGAUCUUCCUGGUGGCAGCUGGAGCCGGGGUUGUCCUUCUGGGAAUCAUCAGCCUCUUACUGUGGAAGUGUGGCUUCUUCAAGAGAGCCAACCAGAGGCAGAUGUACGAGGCCAAGGACCAGAAAGCAGAGAUGAAGAUCCAGCCAUCGGAGACUGAGAAGCUGACCGAAGACUACUGAGACCCCCCCCCCCCCCCCCCACCCCCACCCCCACCCCCACUCAAAGCCUCCAUGAUGGUGGGGGUGGUGGGAGGGGGAGUGGGGGGGGGGGGUGGUGCUGGCACACCACUUGGCGUCCCUUGGUAUUGGAGCUCCUCAGCUUCUGCUUCGCCCCGUUACUUUGGAUGGUUGAAGUCUGUUUGGGGACAGACUGUAUUUCUUCGGGGGACAGGCCCGCUUUGUUCGUCUAAAGAUUCCCCCUAACAACUUUUUCUCUUCUUUGACUAAUCCUGUUCCUUCCAGAACUUCUCCUGCCUCGUACGCCUAUUCCAAUCGUCUCCUUUUCUAACUCACUCCUCCUUGGCCCCUCCUAGCUUUCUGAAUCUGUAACGUUUCGGCCGCUUCUACCCCUCUCCCUGUGUGGAACUCUCCGGAUGUUUCCCUAACAGCCCUCUCUUUCUCUGUCUGUCUAACAGUCCCUCUCUUUCUCCCCGUUUCCUUCUUCUGUUUUGUGUCCCUGCACCCCGCCAGCUUGGGUUCUUCAAGCGGGCCGUCUACUAUCGCAUCAUGCCAAAGUACCUGGGGGUGAGGAUCUGCAAGGCAGACCGCUACAAAGGGUGCAUGGGCUUCCCAGCCAGCGAGCCUCAGAGAAAGUACCUGAUCACCAACUGGAGAGAGAUACACCAUUACUACUACUGACCUGUUUCUAGUUCUUUGCGUGGAGAACUCAUGAUUUAUAGGGCAAUGGACCCGGACCGCUGAGCACAAGGGCCAGCUGGGAAUAAUGCGUAUUCAUUUUUGUCUUUUUUUGUUGUUGAUUUAAUUCUGUCCUUUCUUUUUGUGCAAUAUGCUUAUUUGAGCUUUUCAUCUCUCCUUUUCUCCUCUCAUAGUACUUCAGUAAUCCCAGGUGGGAAAUUCAGAUUCUAGGUUCCUGUAAAGACUUGCAUAUCCCUUCUUCUUCUACAAAUACUGACGUUGGCAGUUCUUGAAGCAGUUCAACUGGUGUUGUGGAUGUGAGUGAUGCGCAAUGAGAACCACCUGCACAACAUUGGUGACAAACCUCGCUCCCUGAAAUAACCAGACAUCUCUUAUGUAAUGAAUCGGGAAAGACCAGAAACAGGUCAUUCAAACGUUUUUUUUCUCCAGGGAAGACCGGUCUAGUAGCAUGUGUUGGAAAUAAAUGCUUUAUUUUUAAGAGGGAAGAGUUACUUUGCGAUGACUUCUUUCAUUGCGUGAUAUACCAACGCUUGCGGUUUUGUACAACGGAAUGGGGAUUCGUUCAUGAGUUUAGGACGUUACGCUGUGUUCAUUUGAUUCUUUAUGGAUAUUCCUGUAUUGGUAAAGCCAUUUCAAUGUAUAGAGCACAUUUACUUUCGUUUUUCGAUCAUUUAUUUGUUUCCCUCUCAUCCUCUUUGGAACAUUCACCGACCUUACCUGUGUACGAUUAUACAAGGUAAUUUGCCUUGUUGAUGUAUUUUUUUCUCCCGAUUCACUUCUUUUUUUCUUUUUGGUUUGAAUCUCACCUCGUGGUCAAUCUUUUGUGUGUUUUUUCUUUUUUUCUGAGCUGAAAGUGGUAUCUGGGAAGCUUUUCUCUAAGCUGUCUUGAACUUUGACCUCAAACAUAAGUUCGAUGUACUUUUUUUGGUUUUUGCAACGAGAAACUGCCUUAUUGUUUUUUUAUUUUUGUCUGUUUUUAAUGUCCAGUUAAUUUCAUUUCCUAACCCUUAACGCUAUUACCGAAGAGUAUAGCGCGAAGAACAAAAGAAAUAACUUUAAUAUUGAGGGCGCAAGCAGGAACGCCCAGGCCGCAUCAUGCCAGUACGAAAAAAUGGUAUAGCUAAACAUUAGCACAUGUAAAUGACUAAUCCGAGACCCUCCCCCCCUCCCCCCCCAACACUCCAAUGACCAGGAAUGUGAGAAUAAGUGUGGCUGCUUGGAGAUUUGGAACAAGCAGACAUGUUUUGCGUCAAGAUGGCAGGGGUGCACUUGAAACCACAACGGCUCUUGUGGUUAUUUAUUUAUUUUACUGUUAUAUCUGACUCUUAUCCACUGCAUGGAGUCCUCCACAUAAUCUGAUAUAUGGUAUGGAGUCGCAACACUGGACUUAAUCGUUGUGUGCUUCCAGCGAUGUAUUGAUGAGUGACAUUAUGGUGAUAGUGAUGAGCUAAAUGCAGUAUAAAUUAUAGAAUGCGGCAAAACAUUUCUAUCGGAUGAUUGAGGAAUGCUUAUUGUGUAGAACGGUUUGAAUGAAAUGAAUGCUAUUGUUGUUUUUUUCACGCGAGACUUUGAGAUUGUCCCGGAAGAAUAUAAGUAAAUGCAAUGAAUCAACAGACCCAUUAUGUGGUUGGACUUGUGUCUCCAGAAAACUCCACGGUCAAUUGUGGUCAACCUGCAGCGUUGGAGAAUGAAAAGAAAAACUAAAUGUAUUCGCAGGAGAAAGACUUGUGGGGAGAAGGUGUAGGGUCUCAAUCCCCCGGGAGCACAAAGGUCUUCUGUGGAGAGCCCCCCCCCCCCCCUCUUCUUUCUGAUGGACUUGGUUGAGGAGAGAGUGAAAGAAAGAGGCUGAGAGAGCCAAGGGUCAAGCCUAGGGCACAGACUCUUGUCUUACUGUAUGUUGUGUUCGUUUUUAUUACUGUGCAGUUUCAACAGAAUUCAAGAAUUUGUAAAAAAAAAAUAAUAAAAGUGUAUAAAUGUA